AUGCUGCUGCAGCAGGAAAGGGUGAACUACGAAAAGCAGAUCGAAGACUUGCAGCAGGACGUGACCGGAAAAUCUGUCCUUCUUGACAGCAAGGCCGCUGAAGUGUUGUCUCUGAAGAACAAGAACACAGCACUUGAGGGUCGGCUGGUCGAGUUGGCAGAAGAAAAGGACGCCGAGAUGCGUUCCAUCAAGGCAAAUGCUGCAAAGUUGGCAGACAAGAGGGAUGCAGAGAUUCGCCGCCUAAAGAGCACUGCCGAAGACUCAGAAGUUCAACAGCUGGUGCUCGGGCGCCAGCUCAAGGACUUGGCAAAGGAGAAGGAUCAAGAGGCUUCCCUUCUUCAGAAGCAGGUGACAGCCGCUUGGGAGCGCGAGGAGUCCUAUCGGCAGGGAAGCCAGCUGGAAGUGGCGUUGCUCACUGAUCUCGGACCGGGUCCUUGGGUUCAGCUGCAACAGGUCUUGCGGAAGACUGCCCAUUGUCAGGGCGGUUGCUCUCCCAUGCAGGACGUCCACAUCUUGAAGGUGGAGAAGAUCCACAACACGAGCCUGUGGAGCCGCUACAUGAACACCAAGGAGAGGUUGCGGCGCGAGCUCAGGGACGACAAGGCAGGAGGUUACUUCUGGGCUCAAGGGGCUUUGGGAUCUGGAUCCUAG